GAAAGUUUUACGCUUUAAGCUAUGAAUUCUGUGGAAGUUGUGUGUUGUAGACAGCUAAUCGCUCACCGCUAGCUCUGUAGCGUUGUACACAUUAGACGUGCUACAGUUGUGUGAGUAAGUUCACUGAGUUUGGACAAGCUGUGAUGUUAUGAGAGUUAGACGCUGUCUAAUUAACAGCUCAGUUUAAAUAACCUUAGGUAGAUUAUCGGUGUAGAACAAAAUUCACCCUCUGAAGUUCAUUUAUGUAAUUAUAGAAAUAUUAUUCCAUCACCUGGACAACUGGGGCAUGGUUCAUAUUACCUGAAAUCUCUUAAUGUCGCAUCUGCGCGCCACUGGACGAAUCUCUUGAAGCCACCGUGUGUUUUAAGUGCACGUCAUCUUAUCAAUCGACCCACAGAUACCCCAGGAUAGUUGUUUAUCAGACCCUGGUGCUCUACAAGUUUACACUUGCUUCAGUGUUCUUUGGACAGGCCUCCAGCUGUGUGUGUGAUGACCGAGCCGGAGGUGCUGACCGAAGUCCCAGCGGCGCUGAAGCGCCUGGCCAAGCAGGUGGUGCGUGGUUUCUACGGCAUCGAGCACGCUCUGGCCCUGGACGUGCUGAUCCGCAAUGCCUGCGUGCGUGAGGAGGACAUGCUGGAGCUGCUCAAGUUUGACCGCAAGCAGCUGCGCUCCGUGCUGAACACUCUGAAAGCCGACAAGUUCGUCAAGUGCCGUAUGCGCGUGGAGACGGCGCCGGACGGCAAGACCACGCGCCACAAUUACUACUUCAUCAAUUACAGGCUGCUGGUCAACGUGGUCAAGUACAAGCUGGACCACAUGCGGAGACGCAUCGAGACGGACGAACGCGACUCUACCAACAGGGCGUCGUUCCACUGUCCCAACUGCUGCAGCACAUUCACCGACCUGGAGGCCAACCAGCUGUUUGACCCAAUGACAGGGACGUUCCGCUGUACGUUCUGCCAGACCGAGGUGGAGGAGGACGAGUCGGCCGUGCCGAAGAAAGACGCGCGGACACUGGUCGCCCGCUUCAACGAGCAGAUCGAGCCCAUUUACGUGUUGCUACGAGAGACUGAAGACGUCAACCUGUCGCAUGAGCUACUGGAGCCAGAGCCUACAGAAAUCCCUGCUCUGAAACAGAGUCGGGAGCGCGCGGCUGCAUCCGGAGGUCCGGCGGGGGCUGGAAUGGCAGGUCAGGACGUCUGGAGGACGAAGGGCUCGUCAUAUGCGGAUAUGUACACGCAGAAUGUCGUGAUCAACAUGGAGGAGCAGGAGAGCCAGCAGGCCCAGGCUGCCGAGGCCAGACCCCACAAAGAGAGGCCGGUGUGGCUGACUCAGAGCACCGUGCAGGGAGCCUACAACGAGAACGAUGCCCUCAAGGCCGCUGGCGAGGACUCCAUGGUAACCCAGGAAGGUUUGACUGGACGUGGCCACGUGCAGGAUGAGAACGAGGAAGUGAUGCGUGCUCUCCUCAUCCACGAAAAGAAGAGUGCGGCUGCACCAGCAGGCGGAGCCGUCCACAGGACACCCAUCCCGGCAGCCAAUGCCAGCGACUCGGAGAGCGACACCAGCGAAUCGGACGAGGACUCGCCCGUCCGGGCCAUCGCCGCUCCACCGAAGCCGGGCAGACAGGAUGAGGACGAGGAGGACGAUGAGUUUGAGGAAGUGGGAGACGAGCCGGUGGUGAUGGUGGGAGGGAGAGCGUACUCCUACAGGGAAGUGAGCCAGAGGCCGGAGCUGGUGGAAAAGAUGAGCGCCCAGGAGAAGGAGGCCUACAUUGAGAUGGGGCAAAACCUCUUCCAGGACAUGUUCUUCUGAGCAACCUGUGCUUUCAAUCUCUCUCUCUCUCUCUCUCUGUUUCUUGCACUCUCUCUCAUUUUUUUUUUUUAUAAACUGUCUAGCUCCUUUUUUAUGCUCUCUUGACCACUGUAGUACCACGCCGUUGCCUACGGAACAUUGACGCACAUCGUGUGGGGAGUUGUGCUGAAGGUCAGACUCCCACAGAGGGGUGCAGUAUUAUUCUGCUCUACAGGACUCCUGAUGAUAUUUCUUCUCACUCACUUACACUAGUGGCACUCAGUCCAGGUAUUUUUGUCCUCAAUUCCAGAAUGAAUACCCCCCCACCCCCCACACGCACACACACGCGUGCACACAUGCACACUGAUGUGUCUGCUUUUCUGGUUUGGUUUUCAGACCCACACUCUCUUGGGCAAAUAGCAGAGGGUUCAGUGUUUAACUUAAUGUCUGGAUACGGACUGACCUUCCAGAACGCCUGCAUGAUUUAAAAAAAAACACCCUCACAUAGGAGGGUCCUAGGGGCUGUAGAUUUGCCCUUUGAGACGGCAUAGGUAUUCAUAUUACAGACCUAGAUGGUUAAUGGUGCCAUGUUAGACAGAGUACUCCAUGUCUGUGUGUCGUCUAAGCUUUAUGAAGUUACCUAGUGUUAGCUUGUAUAUGUAUUGUUUAGUAUUGGUUUACUCAAAGCAUCUAUUUUGAAAAGGAUCAUUUAGCUUCCUAGAUUAGAGGUCUAAUUUCAUAAAUUUGGAUAAGGACAUGGCUAUUUGAGUGGUGGAAUAAUCCCUGUGCUCAUCAGACUGUGUGUGUGUGUGUGUGUGU